AUGACCACACCUGCGGGCUCCGGCGCCGGCUUCGGCUCUGUGUCCUGGUGGGGUCUGUCCCCAGCGCUGGACCUACAGGCUGAAAGUCCUCCCGUGGACCCAGAGUCACAGGCAGCGACAGAGCACAAGAUCCCGGAGUUGGAUGCCCUGCUGUUAGGCUCUGUGGAUGGGCGACACGUGCUGCGGACGCUAUCCAGGGCGUCUCUCUGGCCUCUCAGGAGGUUCAAUUUUUAUAUGCUGGAGAAUAAUCUAGAAGCUGUGGCACGACACAUGCUGAUCUUCAGCCUAGCCCUAGAGGAUCCCGAGAAGAUGGGGCUUCAAGAGCGGAGUGAGACCUUCCUGGAGCUGUGGGGGAAUGCGCUGCUGCGACCCUCGGUAGCUGCCUUCGUGCGCGACCAGGCUAGCCGCCUGUCUCAUCUGGUCCCAGAACCUGAUCGCCUGGAGGAGCAACUACCCUGGCUCAGCCUCCGGCCGCUCAAGUUCCGCGAGCGGGAUGCCCUGGAGGCCGUGUUCCGCUUCUGGUCAGGUGGGGAGAAGGGACCCGAGGUGUUUCCCAUGAGUCGCCUUUGGGACUCGAGGCUGCGCUACUACCUGGGUUCCCGCUACGAUGCCCGGCGUGGUGUUGCAGACUGGGACCUGCGCAUGAAACUGCACGAUCGAGGGGCCCAAGUCAUCCACAUCCAGGAAUUCCGACGCUGGCGGGACACAGGUGUUGCCUUUGAACUCAGAGACUCAAGUGCCUACCACGUGCCCAACAGGACCCUGGCGUCGGGUCGCCUCCUGAGCCACCGUGGGGAACGCGUGGCAGCGCGCGGGUACUGGGGGGAUAUCGCCACGGGCCCCUUUGUGGCUUUUGGCAUCGAGGCGGACGACCAGAGCCUCUUGCGCACGAGUAACGGACAACCCGUCAAGACUGCAAGCGAGAUCACGCAGCAUAAUGUUACAGAGCUGUUCAGAGAAGUGGCCGCCUGGAGGGGCCCGAGAGCCAUCCAGGGGUACCCGGAGUCGCCCGAGCGGGAUGCGCCUACUCGAGAACCCUUUACUGUGCACUUUCUGUCCCUUGAUUCUUCGCAGACUCUCCACCAUAAGACCUGCUACAAGGGCCGGUUCCAACUGCUCUAUGUGUCCUGUGGGAUGGUCCAUCUUCUCAGCCCUGAGCUUGGUGCUUGCGUGGCCCCUGGCGGGAACCUGGUUGUGGAAUUAGCUCGGUACUUGGUGGACCUGCGGCCCAAGGAGUUGAAGGCGUUUUCUGACCGUGUUGGGGAGAUAGCGCGGGCAGCUGGGUUCGCCCCUCAUACAGGAGCCAUCCCCUCGGAGACCUUUUUGCGCUUCUGCAAGUUAGGGAACUCUACUAUGGGUAGUGGAGACUCAGCUGUGGAAUCUGCAUUGGUGCCCUGUAAAGUCCUGGCCCCUCCUCUAGAAGCGAUGAGCCCACCCCAGGCUGACCAUGCCCCUCCUCUAGAAGAGAUGAGCCCACCCCAGGCUGACCAUGCUUCUCCUCUAGAAGCUAUGAGCCCACCCCAGGCUGACCACACUUCUCCUCUAGAAGAGAUGAGCCCACUCCAGGCUGACCAUGCUUCUCCUCUAGAAGAGAUGAGCCCACCCCUGGUUUACCUGGCCACUCCUCUAGAAGCAAUCAGCCUGACCCAGACUGACCUGGUCCCUCCUCCGGAAGUGAUAAACCCAGCCGUGGCAAUAUCCACCGUGAAUACACCUCCAAAACCCAGGGACCAAGCGGUUCCCCUUUGA